UCUGCUGCCCUGCACCCCUAUUCCGACCAGUUGGAGAUUUUCAAGGAUUGGCUUGCUGAUUUGGCCCGUGGAGACGGCCUACGAGAUGCGUUCAACAUGAUUCAGCCCCCGGUGCCUCCGAGAAAGUUUUGGGUGACCACAUACUUUGAACAGUGUUUCGAUUUAUAUCAUGUGGUUGAAUGGGAUCCUCGCUCUGUCCAUGCUUCUGAGAACACGCCAAGCACAGAAACUGAGCCAGAAGAGCGGAAGGUUGAACGGACGAUCCUCAUAUGUCGCAUGUAUGCCGCAAAUCGAACUAUCAAGAGCAAGAUUCAGCCUGAGGAGAGUCCAUUGUGGGUUUGGUAUCACACCGAACGCUCUAUGCCUACGCCAGAGCGUGAAGCAGUCGUGCUUUCUGCGCUUCUAUACCUCGAUACUCUCAACCCGCAGACGACGCGAAUCCUACGCCGUCCCUGGCCGCAAAAUGUCUCCUCGCCUCGAUACCCGGCCAUUUUCCUUGCGGACGAGCUUCUGACUGCCGUUGCAAAAAGGGAUGCCAUCCAUGAUGCGGCAAAAUCUCUUGAGGAAUGCGUGAAGUUCGUUCCCGCGCAACUGCUCUGUGAUGUUGUCGUCUCGUCGCUAAGAUGCUCACAGAGAGUUCGGAGAAAAAGCAACCGAGCUAUUCCACCAUCUUAUCGGUCACAAUGAGCUUGAUCAAGCUUCUGCAGAAGACAGACCAGCCGCAGCUGGCUAUUGAUGUUGUGCUUCAAGCCCUCAAGUCUUUUCCAGACGCAUCCUCGUACCAUCGGCAAAUGAAACUAUUGAAGCAGGGGGCGUGACUCUUG